UGUCAAUCAGUUUUAAAUCGUUCACAAUGCCUUCCUCUAACCAGAUCCUCUCUGCGCUGGCCGCAGUCGCCAUCACCUCUGCCAACGCGGCCAUGGGCCCUGCGUUCAGCACCGGUCCCGUCGCCGACAACUCCUUCAUCCGCGAGUCGACUUCCACUCUCGUCCUACCCAAUGUUCCCAGCGGCGGCUCUACCGAUGGUAUCACUUCCCUCUGGGUUGGCAUGGGCACGUCAAACGGUGACUUGAUCCAGUCGAUUGCCGACAACUGGCAAUCCUCUUCCUGGGAGAUCUACGCCUACACCCUCCUGAAGACUGGAGACAACUCCCAAAUGCCUGUUCAGGGCCCGUCUGGCGCUGCUGGUGAGGGUGACAAGAUUACUAUGCACUACAAGUUCGAUGACGCCACUGGUAACUACACUCAGACCGUCUCGAUCAACGGCAACACUGUUUCCACUCUCUCUACCAGCGACGGUCAUGCUCAGGGUUGGGGUUCCGCCGUUGAGUGCGCAGAGGAUAACUGCGGCACCGUCGGCGCCCACUCCUGGAUUGACACGAAGAUCAUCAUGGAUGUCGCUGACCCCAACUAUAUCAACACUCUUGGCAAGGCCGAAGGUGUCACCGGCGACAUGUCUACCAACGAUGGUGGAAAGACCUGGACUGUCACCACUAUUAACAUCCCCGAGUUCAGCUUCGCUUCUUAAGUACUGAGAGUCUGACUUGAGUGUAAAUAUUUAUCUAGCUGGGCACUAGAUUGUGCCUUUUUACUUCUGUAUGUAGCCUUUGAGCUGAGAUUCUCGGCAAAAUGAC